AUGAAUAAUGUAUAUGAAUAUUUUUUGCAAGAAAAAAAUAAGAAUAUACAAUUCUCAACUGAUAAAUUAAAUGAUUUAUUACAAAACAAAAAAACAAUAAAAAUUUCUCCUCAAAAAGGUUUUGUCAUAAAAGCAUAUGAAAAAAAUGGAGGAAAGGUGUACUUCAACAUAUGUUCAUCUAAUUUAAUUGCUGAAUUUCAUUUAAAGAGAAUUCCUGAUUUAAAUAAUGAAGAGGGAUUGAGAAUACCUUUAAGUAUAGGCGAAGAAAAAAACAAAGAAGAUAAAAAGGGGAAUAAAUACAAAACAUAUGAUAUUGUUCUUAAUACAAAAGUUGUUAUAGAAAGUAAAAAAAAUUUAGAAUUAAAAAAAAUUAUUGCUGAAUUAGUUCAGGUAGCUGUAAAAAAUAAAUAUAAGACAGAAACUUGUGCAAAUUUAUUCUUUUUUCCCGAUCAUAAAUACAAAGGAAGCAGUCCAGAUGAUCAAUACAUAAAAGAUGAUCAACAGCAUAAAUUUAAUAUAAUAGAAGACGAAAAUGAAGAAGAAAAAAAAAAUAAUGAUAUGCAUAAUUUUAAAGAGAGUAUAGACAUUGAAAAUUACUUCACAAUUAAAAAACCUGAAUGGGAUAUGUGGUUUAUCCAUAAAAAUAUAAUAGAAGAAAAGUAUAAAACAAUGAAGGAAUUUUAUAUACCUUAUAUACGUAAGUCCCCAUUAAAUGGUGCAAUUGACUGUUUUGAUUUUAAACCUCCCUUUUUAAAAUGCAAAAAAAAAAAAGAAAGGAAAAAAAGUGAAAUAUUCAAAUCUUUUUUGAAUGAAUAUAAUAUUGAAUUAGAUGAUGAAUUUUUAUCAUAUGAAAAAAUAAUAAAUACGAUAUGUGUUAUUCAAAUCCAACUUCCUUUUUUUAUUCUUGCUGAUCGUAAUAAAAAAAAUAAUGAUGACCCAUUUGUUAUCUCUCAUUUUGUCAAUCUAUAUAUAUGUGAUGAAUUUUUAAGUGUAUUUUUUAAAAAGUCUCCCUUGUUUCCAUUAGAAUAUAAUCCUCCUUAUAAAAAUUUUAAUAUUCGUUUUCCUUUUUAUUUUGAAACAUCAAAAGCGAAAUCACAAUAUCUAGAAAAGUAUCAUCUUUUAAAUAUUAUAAUACCAGUUAGUAAAAGUUCUUCUAGUUCUGUUAUAUUUAAAGACUUAACUGAGAAUUCUAAAGACAGUUUAUCUAAUUACAAUGAAGAAGCAACCAGUGAUAGUUCUAUGUUUUAA